AUGUCUGUUAUCAAGGCCGCCCGGCCGAGGCUUCUCGAUAGUGAGAUACCACCUUUUGUAUCACUGCUACCACCACUACCUCAUUUGCCGGGCCUCUUUGAAGGUCGUCGUCGCUCCUCGAUAGGUGGUAUGGACCUGGGACAAGCAGGGCUUUCGGCUGGGGUGGGAGCUCCGAAAUUCGGAGCUGCUGAGUUCGCAGCCAUACUCCCAUACUUGCCACGACGAUUUAUGGAAAAAGGUGGAGGAGAUCCCUGUGAGGUUGGCCACGGCAAGGGGGGAUUCACUUUGGCGUAUACUGGGAUGAAGUGCCGGUUCGACCCUUGGUAG